AUGCCCAACCAUGUGAAAUUCAUAAAGAAGAUUAUGUCCAAGAAGAGGAAGAUGGAGGAUUAUGAGACGGUGGCGCUCACUAAAGAGUAUAGUGCAAUAUUGCAGAGGAAGUUUCCCCAAAAUUUGAGAGAUCUGGGGAGAUUUACUAUGCCUUCUAUAAUAGGGAAGUUUGAGUGUAAGCAUGCUUUGUGUGAUUUGGGGGCGAGUAUAAAUCUGAUGCCUUUGUCUGUUUUUAGAAGACUUGGUUUGGGGGAGGCUAUUCCUACUAUAGUCACGUUACAACUAGCAGAUCGUUCAAUUAAACAUCCCGGGGGAAUCAUAGAGGAUGUUCUUGUUAAAGUGGACAAAUUCAUUUUUCUAGCAGACUUCAUAGUAUUGGAUAUGGAAAAAGAUGAAAAUGUCCCAAUCAUUCUGGGAAGACCAUUUUUAGCUACUGGGCAGGCUCUAAUUGUUGUGUAG